GUUGAAACUGAUUCAACCGUUGGAAUAUUUGAGCUUCAGGAAGUUUGAGACAGAUUUUACAAGCAGUUUAAAGUUCAGACUUGUGUCACCAUGUCGGCCGCCGGCUGCCUGCUGACCGAAGACCAGCUUCUGUGCUCCAUCUGUCUGGACGUCUUCACUCUUCCAGUCACGUUACCAUGUGGACACAACUUCUGCGAAAGCUGCAUCACACAGCACUGGGAUGUUAACGUCUUCUGUAUCUGCCCCAUGUGUAAAGAGCGCUUUGAUAUCAAACCUAAGUUGCGCAUCAAUAAUUUCAUCUCUGACAUGGCGAAUCGGUUCAGACAGUCGGCUGUAAACACAGCCAGCAGCAACCCGGAGCAACAAGUUGCCAAACCAGGAGAGGUCUACUGUGAUGAAUGUGUUGGAGCUAGAGUUAAGGCUGUGAAGUCCUGCCUGGUGUGUCUGACCUCCUACUGUGAGACUCACCUGGAGCCUCAUCUGACAAUGUCAGGCCUGAAAAGACAUCAGCUGAUCGACCCUGUGGAGAACCUGGAAGACAGGAUGUGUACGAAGCACGAUAAACUGCUGGAGCUGUUCUGCAGGACGGACCGUACGAACGUCUGCAUGCUCUGCAGCCUUUUAGACCACAAGACACACAUGUUAGUUCCUCUGAAAGAGGAGCAUGAGAGAAGGAAGGCCAUGCUGGGGAAGACCGAAGGAAAGAUGUAUCGGAUGAUCCAGGAGAGGCGACUGAAGAUUGAGGAGAUUACACUCUCAGGGAAGAUAAAUAAAGAAUCUGCAGACAGACAGAUGGCGGUCGGUGUUCAGGUCUUCACUGAUCUGAUGCAGUUUCUUGAAGGAGGUCUGGCCGAACUCAUCGAGGUGAUUGAGAAGAAGCUGAAAACAACAAGCCGACAGGCCGAAGGCUUCAUCAUGGAGCUCGAGCAGGAAAUCUGUGAGCUGGUGAAGAGAAGCACUGAAGUGGAUCAGCUCUCGCGCUCAGACGACCACUUUCAUCUUCUCCAAAGUUUCUCAGCCGUGAACACUGCUCCACCCACAAAGGACUGGACGGAGGUCGGCAUCCAGCAGCCGCUAUACGAGGAGAUGGUGAGGAGGGUUGUGGUGGAAGCUGUGGACCAGCUGGAGGAGACGCUCAGUAAACAGAUGAAGAAGCUGAUUGAGGUCGAGCUGAAGAGGGUCCAGCAGUGCGAAGUGGAAGUGGCUCUGGAUCCUGAAACAGCGAGUCCCUGGCUCGUCCUGUCCGACCACGACAAACAAGUCAGUCUUGGAGACAUGAAGAAGACUCUCCCAAAGACGCCGGAGAGGUUUUAUCCAGGCGGUGGGAUCUUAGCAAAGCAGAGUUUCUCUUGUGGAAGGUUUUAUUACGAGGUGCAGGUAAAGGAGAAGAUGAAGUGGGAUUUAGGAGUGGUCAGAGAGUCCAUCAGCAGGAAGGGGAAAGUCACAAAGAACCAGGAGAGUGGGCUCUGGAUACUGAGGAAGGCUAACGAGUACAAAGCUUGUGAUGGCAGCCGUGACGUUCACCUCAGUCUGACGUGGAAUCCUCGGAAGAUCGGCGUGUUCGUGGACUACGAUGGCGGUCUGGUCUCCUUUUACGAUGUUGAUGCUGCAGAUCUGAUGUUCUCCUUCACUGACUGUCAGUUCACUGAGAGACUGUUCCCGUUCUUCAACCCCGGCACCGCUGACCCUCUGAUCAUCUCUCCUGUCAAUCACUCUGAUUAGAUCAGUUCUUUAUUAUCAAUCACAACUUUAUUAUCACUGUACAAACACAAAACUUUAUUAUCACUGUA